AUGGGUUUCCAGCAAAGGAGAAGAGAGAUGAAAUCCCGAAGAGUUCCAGAGACAUCAGGACAUCAGGACCAGCACAAGGACAAGAGGAGACAUUGCACUGACAGACUGUACAAGGACCUGAACUGUGACAACAACUGUGACUUGGACAUCAUCACCAGGAGACUCACAAGAAGUGAAGAUCAGCGGAUGAAGAUUAGGACCGUCUUGUUGCAGGAAUCAGUGACAUUUGAGGACGUGGCUGUGUACUUUACCCAAAAGGAAUGGGAAGGCCUGACCCCAGCUCAGAGGGCUCUAUAUAGAGAUGUGAUGCUGGAGAAUUAUGGAAAUCUGGUCUCUCUGGCAGCAUUUCUGUUUCCUAAACCUGCUGUAAUCUCUCAGCUAGAGCAAGGUGGAAAGCCUUGGAUUCAGGAUCCACAGAGACCUCUAGACAGAAAGAACACCUAUAAAGGGUGUCCAUUUCUGAAACCUUCUGUGAUCUCCCAGCUAAAACGAGAAGAGUCAGGGGCCCUUGAUGUUCAGGGGUGUCUGAACAAAGGGGAUCUGCAAAGCAACAAUAAUGAUGGUGAGAUCAGGACUAAGAAUAAGGUGUUGACUCCAAAGCAGGAAGUGUGUAUUAAAAUAAAUAAACACAUGGUGACAGUAGGACUCCAGGUGAAUGUUCCUCAGGAACCCAACUUUAAAGAAAUUAAUGAACUGCAGGAUAAGCUCAAGAAGCAACAAAGAAAUCCUAAAGAAGAAGGAAUGAGGAGAGAGGAAAGAGAUUUCACUAAAAUGACAAUCAAGGAUGAAAGAAUGGGAAGGAAAUGUCAGACAUAUAAAAAAUUAAGAGAAAAUGUUAGUGAAAUCUCACAUCUUGAAAUGCAUCAGAAAAUCUCCAAAAUAUUCUAUCAAUGUGAUGAUUGUGGCAAACAUUUCUAUCAAAGUUCAGAUUUUUUUCAACAUCAGAGACUUCAUUCUGUAGAGAAGCCUUAUGAAUGUAAGGAAUGUGGAAAAGCCUUCAGCUUUAAUUCAACAUUUGUUCAGCAUCAGAGAAUCCACACUGGGGAAAAGCCCUUUAAAUGCAAAGAAUGUGAAAAAGCUUUCAGGUGUAGUUCACAUUGUUCUGCACACCAAAGAAUUCACACUGGAGAGAAACCCUAUGAAUGUAAGGAAUGUGGGAAAGCCUUCAGCUUUAAUUCAACACUCAUUCAGCAUCAGAGAAUUCACACUGGAGAGAAGCCUUUCCAAUGUAAGGAAUGUGGGAAAGCCUUCAUUCAAAAAAUAACCUUUAUAAGGCAUCAACGAAUCCACACUGGGGAGAAACCUUUUGAAUGUAAAGAAUGUGGGAAGGCUUUCAGUUUGAACUCACAGCUUAUUCAUCAUCAGGCACUCCAUACUGGAGAGAAACCUUUUGAGUGUAAAGAGUGUGGGAAAGGCUUCAUUAGAAGUUCAUACCUUAUUCAGCAUCAGAGAAUUCACAUUGGGGAGAAAUUUUAUCAAUGUAAAGAAUGUGAAAAAUCAUUUAAACAGAAAGCAAGUUUAAAUCGGCACCAGAGAAUUCAUGCUUGGGGGAAAUCCCAUGAAUGUAAGGACUAUGGGAAAGGCUUCAGCAAGAAUUCAGAUUUGAGUCAUCAUCAGAGAUCUCAUUCUAGAAAGAAACCUUAUGAAUGCAAAGAAUGUGGAAAAGUCUUUAUUCGGAACUCAAAUUUUAUCCAACAUCAGAAAACCCACCCUGGGGAGAAACUUUUGAAUGUAAUUGUUGGUCUCUGUAUACCCCAAGUUCAAGUUAGCAGACCUUCCACUAUCUGGCCUCACUUAACCUCUCCACCUUUAUCUUCCACUCUUCCCCAAACUGAUUCCUCCAGUCCAUCCAGCCCACUCUCUUCACUGUCCUCCCCACAUACUAUUCACAUUCCUACUUCUGAGCCUUUACUAAUGCUGCUUCCCCAAAUGCCCUCACCUCUUCUCUCCCCCUUUAUUUGAAUCUAUCAGAAGUCUCAUAAAGUGUACCUCAACUACUCUGAGCUCACAAAGAUGUUCAUCUUCUAUUCUUUCUUAUUGCACUAUAUACACCCAGA